AAAACCAAAACUUAAUCGAGUUAAUUUCCCCGUAGUUCGCUCCAGCAUCCGACUGGCUCCAAGCAUGAUCUUCCUGCUGCUUCUCGCGCCCGGUUUGGUCCUUGGAGAUGACAAUGUCACCGCCGUCUGGGAAGAGGCCUCAUCUACCCCCAGCCCCCUGGUAGACAUGCAGAGGAAAAUCAACGAUCUGUGGCUGAAUUUGCUCUACCCGCAACUCUACGACGACAUCUUCAGGGCCAACCGGACGGCCUACGCAUGUUGUGUCGCCAAGCCCAGCGGCAAGUUAGAGGAGGGCAAACUGAAAGUGACCGGGCUGGUUUUGUUCAAGCAGCUUUUCCCCCAUGGAAAGCUGGAGGCCCUUUUUGACCUCGCCGGCUUCGCCGCGGAGACCUCGGCGAGGGCCAUCCACAUCCAUCAAUACGGCGACCUCAGCGACGGCUGCGAUUCUGCGGGAGGCCACUACAACCCUUGGAAAGUCAAUCACCCUCACCACCCGGGGGAUUUCGGGAACUUUCACCCCAAGGGGGGCAACAUUCAGAAACUUAAAUUGAACCUCAAAGCUACCCUCUUUGGACCCCAGACCAUUCUCGGACGCUCGGUGGUGAUCCACGAACAGGAAGACGACCUGGGGAAGGGCAAGAACCAAGGCAGCUUGGCGCACGGGAACGCCGGCCUACGCCUGGCGUGUUGCGUCAUCGGCACCUGUAAGAAGGAGCUGUGGGACAAGCAUUUGCCCAAAGUUACGGCCAAGAGGAAGAAGAGGGUGAUCAAAGCUGGGAGGGCUUGAGGGGGGGCUGACAUCCCGGAUGCCGAUCGAAUGCCGAGUUUGUAUCCGUUAAGCGGGUUGCCACAGGCGUUUCCCUUUGGAAAAUGUUAAAAUAGGCCCCUCCCCUUUAGGGCAUCUUUCCCUCUUUAAGCAGAUUCAUAAUAAAGAACAGGACCAGCCUUUCAAA